AUGGCCACCGAAGCUCUACACAUGCACAAAGACCGUCUCUCAGCAGAGGACCUCGAUCUCAAAGAUCCCCACGUCUCCUCAAGCCUCGCCCUCUUCGCCAUCCACAACGUCAUCCGCCGCAACCUCAAAGCCUGCGCAGAGCACGCAACCACAGUCCAACCAGCAAACAUCGACGCCUUCACCACCUAUGCAAAGUACACCCUGCACGUCCUUCGCGACCAACUCACCUCCAUCGACGAGAUCUGGUUCCCCGUGUUCGCAGAACACGAUGCCCGCUUCCUAGCUCAGAAGGACGCACACGAUGUCCUGUAUCAGCGUAUCACCGCGCUGGAGGCGCAGCUAGCCACUGCCGCCGAGCAUAAUGAGCUCCUCUCUACGGAAAUAGCAGCAGCCUUCGCAGACCUGCACGAACUAACUGACAAGCAGUACGAUCUCGAAGAGGACCUCGUCAACCAGCUAGGCCGCAAGGUGCCGAUUGAGACUAUUCGUGGUCUGGAGAAGAAGCAGGAGGAGAGAAGGAGGGCUGAUGUCAAGGUCUAUGGGCAUUUGUGGACGGCUGUGUAUCUUCUUCGGGGCCUGGAGCCGAAGGAGAGGGCGAUUUUCCCGCCGGGGAUUCCGAAGUUGAUUGUUGGUGGGAUGUUGACGGCUGGGGCGAUGCAGUUUCGGAGGUGA